AUGAGGUCGUCUAUGCUGGUCUUGAUCCUCGUGGUCAGUGCCCAGGCCGUGUGCACCAUGGGAGGGGACUUCUGCCCCCCGGCCUCCACUCAGCAGCAGGGCCCUGCCCCUAACAGGACUCCUAACUCUGCCCCCACCGUGGACCCCAAACUCUUCACCAAGCGACGCUACCGCUCGCCCCGCGUUCUCUUCAGUGCGCAGCCGCCCGACACGGAGCCCACAGGACGCCAGGGGUCAGGGGCCAGCAGGGCAAGGCGCAUGGUAGGUCAGCCACAGCACCGGGGGGUGUACUCUGUGUGUGAGAGUGUCAGCAACUGGGUGGGCAACAAGACCAAGGCCACAGAUAUAUCUGGCAAUGAGGUGGAGGUGCUCCCGGACGUCAACAUUAACAACGUCAAGAAAAAGCAGUACUUCUUUGAGACCACGUGCCGUGGCCCCCGGGCGGGCAGCUCUGGCUGCCUGGGCAUCGACGGGCGACACUGGAACUCCUACUGCACCAACUCGCACACCUUCGUGCGGGCGCUGACUUCCUUCAAGGACCUGGUGGCCUGGAGACUGAUCCGCAUCGACGUGGCCUGUGUGUGUGUGCUCAGCCGAAAGUCCUGGCGACAGUGA